CUCCCGCCCCUCCCGCCCCCUCCAAUAAUGACCACGACAUGGAGGACCCCUUGCAUCCGGAAACGAAGGCUAAAUUCAAAGCGUACAGUACCACAUACCCUUCCUCCCUUCCAUUCGUCCCCAAGAGUGCAUGGCUAAUCACCCACGGACAAUUAGGAAGUCGUCAAGUCAGUACUUCGACCCCUGUCAGGAAGCUGCGAAUCGCUCGAUCAGGUGUCUGAACAGGAACGCAGGGGAUAGAACGAUGUGCUCCGAUUAUUUUCAGUGGGUCUCUAUUUUCUGGAAUGGCGCGCGGGUGGCUGAUUGGCUAUGGUAGGGCGUAUAGGGAUUGUAAGAAGAAAUGGAUUGAUGAUAUGAAGGAGGAGAGGAGGAGGAAAACUGGGAUGUCGCUUUUCUAGCCUGACUCUCUUAGGUUGUAGCUACUUUUGCGUGAGGUUCGGGUUUGGAAUAAAAAAGAAAUUCACCUGGUUGGGGUUUGUUCCACGUCCCCGCGUGCGUUUGUUCGGCUUCCGGGGCGGUGGGUGCGGUCAUCUCGGGGGGAGGGUACAUAGAUGGCUUUGGUGCUUCGGGAACAUGUGCUUGCUUUUUAUCAGAGUCAUGGGGUCUCACUCGUUACCCGGGACCAGCGCCCGAUGUGGAGUGGGGCUACCCAAGGCAAUGGGGGAUUCUGAGUGGCUUCACAUUCGGGAGGUUGGGGUGACAAGGGGAGUAUCCUACUUGGUUACUUCAUGCGCCUCACCGCCGGAUGAGCGAUAACUAUAUCUGAGACAUCAGCUGGCGGCCUAAUUCUGUCUGGAGGCAGCCCGGGAAGUGCAGGAAGUGGGCUUCCGCCCAGAGCCCGCCCGAGAUGGCUUAACACCUGAGGGGGGCGUCGCAGCCGAGUUAUUGCUGGUUUGUGG